CCCGCCAACCUAAGUGGAACUUUACGAUGGUGAGAACAACGACAACGACGAAAGGACAGGAACAAGACACUUCAACAAUUCCAGCCAUUGAGGAGUAGUCUUGGGUCAAGAACCUUUAGACUUCUUAGACCAGGUCCUCAGGAAUCGAUUUUUCUUCCCGUGUGUGUCGUUCCAGUUAUCCACUGUCUCAGUGGAAUACCCGUUAACCAAUCCAAUCGACCUCAACGCCGUGAGCGAGGUCGUGUAAGUGACUUUGGUCCAGAUCUCAACUGGUUCUGAGCUCGUGAUGAGUUACUUGUGAAGAGUCAUAUCCAAACCACCAGAACUCUCAAGAUGUUACUCCAACGUCUAGCCGUGCCCUCCGGCAUCAGGUCCUCCCUAUCCUCUCUUUCUCGAAAGCCAUCAUCAGCAUUCACCCGAUGCUCCUACAGCACACAACCUGAAUCCAAAGUCUCAGACCCAUUACGCAUCCUCUUCUGCGGCUCAGAUGUCUUCAGUUGCUACUCACUCAAAGCACUUCAUGCCGAACACAAAGCCAACCCGGGCCUGAUCAAGUCCAUUGAUGUCAUGGUCCGACCGGGAAAAGCUGUUGGCAGAGGUUACAAGGAGGUUCGUCAAGUCCCCAUCCAAAACCUCGCCGAAGAACUUUCCCUCCCCAUUCACAUCCGCGACACCUUCACCGGCUGGUCCCUGCCACAGACGCCAGACGGCGAACCGAUCAACCUCAUUGUGGCCGUCUCCUUCGGUCUCUUUGUUCCUCCGCGUUGUCUCAACCAGGCUAAAUACGGGGGGUUGAACGUCCAUCCUUCUUUGCUACCCGACCUCCGUGGCCCAGCCCCCCUCCACCACGCCGUCCUCAACCGGCUCUCCCACACCGGCGUCUCGCUGCAAACCCUCUCCCCCAAAACCUUCGACGCAGGCACCGUCAUUGCGCAAACUCCCCUGCCCGGUAUCCCCAUCCCCCCAGCUUGCACGGUCCAACAACUCCACGACCUGCUCGCCCCCCUGGGUGCUGAGAUGCUUGUCUCUUCUUUGAGGGAGGGACUGCAUGUCCCGCCUUUGAGGCCGGUGGUGGAUAAUGAUAUCCCCACCCCUGGAACUGAGGGUAUGACAGAAAAGAGGAGGUACAGUCAUGCCCCCAAAAUCACCAAAUCCGAUCAACGCGUUUCCUUUCUCCGGCAUUCAGCUGCGGAGGCGGCGCUGAGGGCUCGGGUUUGCGGCGGGUCUGGCGGGUCAUUGUGGACGAACGUCUACCCUCCAGUUUCUCAACCCAAAAAGGGGUCCAAAGAUCAGCAGCUUGAGCUUCCGCUCAGCUACCCUCACCCCCUCGAGGAAUCAUCAGCAAAGAAGGGGGGAUCCCCGAAGCGGAUCAUUCUCGAGGAGAUAUCCGAGCUUCUUCUUUUUCCCUCUGACGGCGAUUCUGGUGGGCUUGAUCAGCAAAACAAAAAAUAUCAAGCCUACCGACGUGUCAUCCAGUCAAUGAACUUUGGAAACUCUAGCUCCAACGAGCAGCUAGGACUUGAUGCUGUUUUCGUCCCUAACCAAUCCUACCGCGAAUCCCCUCCAGACCCGCUCUUCUGGCUCCUAAGGUUCGGUGAGGACGAGUACGUCGAUGUCGAGACGACCGGUGCCAACGGUGAAAAGGUGACGGAAAGAAAACCGAGAGUGAGUUGGGGCUUGUGUACCCGAUUGGGGUUAGAUGACAAGAAGGAGGAAGAUAAGGGGGCUGUGACGUUUGUGAUCCCAGAAGAUGGAGGGAAGUUUGGAUUGUUGAGAGUGGGAAAGAUCAAGGUGGAGGGGAAGGGGGCCAGGCCGGCUAGGCAGGUGAUGAAAGAGCUAGCUGUUAAGGCGGGAUGAGGGGGUUUGGUUGGGGGUGAUUUUGAAUCUAAGAUUACCUGGGACAGGUUCAACAAAAGGCACGAAUCACAAAACAUCCAAAACACAGCAGCAAGCAAGGGAGCAGAU